AUGCCGACCCCAGACAAUUAUGAAUGCUCAGUCGCCGAACUCAAGCUCCUAAUGGAGCUGAGAGGUGCUGAAGCCUUAGAAAAGGUAUUCUGGACCAUUAAUCUAAAAGAAUACUUUCAAAGUACAGGUCAACAAUUCAUAUGGUGGUGUGGAAGGUUUAUGUCAAAAACUGAAAACAGACCCCAUAAAUGGAUUGCCGAACGGCGAACACGAGCUUCAGAAGAGAAGAGAUGUUUUCGGGAGGAAUGAGAUUCCUCCUGCAUCUUCCAAAUCAUUUUUCCGAUUGGCGUGGGAAGCAUUGCAAGACAUUACUCUAGUGAUUUUACUUGUGGCAGCGAUUGUUUCACUUGGUCUCUCGUUCUACAAACCUCCUGCUGAGCAUUCAAGUAAUUUUUUCCUUUAAGUGAUAAGUGUGUAGUGAUUAUUUACAGACAAUGAUGCUUCUGAAUCCGAAGCCGGGUGGAUUGAAGGAGUGGCAAUUCUCGUUGCUGUGCUAGUGGUUGUGUUAGUUACAGCUCUCAACGAUUGGACGAAGGAAAAACAGUUCAGAGGUACUUCUUAACUUGAGAAUAAUAAGUUGAACACUUCUCUUCUACAGGACUCCAAUCAAAAAUCGAGACUGAACAUAAAUUUUCCGUUAUUCGGAACGGUCAACCUAUCGACAUUGUUGUGAAUGAGCUUGUGGUUGGAGACAUUGCUCGUGUGAAGUAUGGUGAUCUGCUACCUGCUGACGGAAUAUUAAUUCAAUCAAACGAUUUGAAAAUUGAUGAAUCUUCCCUCACCGGCGAAUCGGAUCUCAUUCGGAAAUCAGAAGAUUUUGAUCCCGUGCUUCUUUCCGGUACGCAUGCAAUGGAAGGAUCGGGACGGUUCUUAGUCACAGCAGUAGGAUUGAAUAGUCAAACCGGAAUUAUAAUGAGCUUACUCGGAGCCGCUAAAGAAAAGAAAGAGGACAAAAGAGAAGAAACUACAGCUCUCACUAACGGUACAUUUAAAUUCAGUAAAAUUUCAAAUGUUGUGUUGGAUAGGUGAAUCACAUGUUACUGCCGGAAACGGUCUUUGUAAUGGACUCAGUAAGGACGCUGAAAUACCAGUUCCCGAAGAAGAAGAUGUUGGAAGACUGUCCAAAUCUGUGCUACAAACCAAACUUUCUAAUCUGGCGCUUCAAAUUGGUUACAUUGGAUCAGUUGUUGCCGCAGCAACCGUUCUCAUUUUAAUUAUCAGGCAUUGUAUAUCUAAAUACGCUAUUGAUGGAAAAUCGUUCGAGGUACUUGAAUUCCUCUCUUAUUUUGGGAUCGUAGAUCUUUAUCAAAUUGUUUGAAUCGUGAUUUCUAAAAGUACAGUUUGCGGAAUGCAUAGAAUUUUAAAAAAAAAGGCAAACGAUCUUUACCUACUUUUUUUCCUACCAAAGUUCAUUGCCUACUAUGGUCAUUGCCUACUAGAUCAUUGCCUACCAAAAUUUUUGAAAAUUCUUUCAUUGCCUGCCAAUUUUCAGAUCAUUGCCUAUUUAUUCCGUAGGUAUAAUCUCUGAUUUCUGGUCAGCGAUAAUACAAAUCCGUAGUGUUUUUUAUUUGCACAAUACCGGGUCCCGUAUAUGCACAUUAUCGAAUCACAGAGGUUAUGCCGCGUCCAAUGUCUCGGAAAAACCGUAAAAACCGCAGAUUUUGCUGUCCAAAGUCGGCCGAAAUUUGCGUGAAAAACGGGGGUGUGCACAGCUCAAUGAGUGUAACCGUACCUCUAAAACUACGGUAUUUUUUGAAAAUUUGUUAAUUUCUUGAGGUUUUUUGAAAAUAUUCAAAUUUUUUGCGCAAAUUUUCAAAAAAUACCGUAGUUUUAGGGGUACGGUUACACUCAUUGAGCUGUGCGCACCUCCGUUUUUCACGCAAAUUUCGGCCGACUUUGGACAGAAAAAUCUGCGGUUUUUACGGUUUUUCCGAGACAUUGGACGCGGCAUUACGGUAGUAGCCUUUCACAAUUUUUUUUCAAAGAAAUCGGUUUAAGCACCUAACGCAACCCGGAUCUGGAAUCCGAUAUUGUACAAAUUAUAAAAAAGACAGCGGGAUUGUAUUAUUGUUGACCAGAAAUCGAAGAUUUGAAAAAAUAGGCAAAGAUCUGAAAAUUGGUAAUGGGGCUAUUCAGCGUAUGUUUGUUUUCCGUUUUUUUCGUUUUUUUGCAUUGCUGAAUUGGAUUUUUUGACGUAAAAAAACAAAAAAAACGGAAAAAAAUCAUUUUUUUCACAGCCUGAAUAACCCCAUAAGACCCAGGUAGUUAAUGAACGAAAUGUCCAAAAAGGUAGAACUUGUUAGGCAAUAAACGAAAUGCAGAAUUUUGGUAGACAAUGAUCUAGUAGGCAAUGAACUUUGGUAAGCAAAAUUUUUAUUCCGUGCUGAAAAAACUUUUACAAUGCGGAAUAGGGAUUCCGCGGGUCUCUGGCGUUCACCGCCUUUGCCGAUAUUACUGUAAACUAAUUUAGGCGAGCGAUGUUUCGUACUUUGUAAACUUCAUUAUCAUCGGAGUAACGGUUUUGGUCAUCGCUGUACCUGAAGGAUUGCCAUUAGCAAUCACUUUGGCGCUCACUUAUUCUGUGAAAAAGGUGAGUUCCAUUAGUGUGAAAUAGAAUAAUCGGAAGUGUUUUUCUCAGAUGAUGAAAGACAACAACUUGGUUCGCCAUCUUGACGCAUGUGAAACUAUGGGAAAUGCUACUUCUAUUUGUUCGGACAAAACUGGAACUCUAACAACAAAUAGAAUGACAUGCAUCCAGCAGUUUAUUAACGGUUGCAUCUUUGAUCAAUCUAUUGUAAUAAUGGUUUUCAGGUCAAUUCUACAAAAGUUCUGUUCCUAAGUACGAUGAAAUGGAUUCUGGAACUCGAGAUUUCCUUUUGAAUGGAAUCGUUAUAAACAGUGGUUAUUCUUCAACAGUCGUCGAGCCAAAAACUCCUGGAGAACAACGAGGCCAAAUAGGAAAUAAAACGGAAUGCUCGCUUCUUGGAUUCAUUUUAGAUAGUGGACGAAGUUACGAAGAUUUGAGGAAACAGUUUCCAGAGGAGAAACUAUACAAGGUCUAUACUUUUAACAGUUCAAGAAAGAGCAUGAUGACAGUUAUUGAACUUGGAGACAGAAAGUACCGAGUGUACGCAAAAGGAGCUUCCGAGAUAAUACUCAGCCGCUGUUCUCAUAUUUUUGGUAAUCAAGGGAAGAUUGAACCAUUUGGGCAAGAAGAAAUCAGAACUAUGACCCAGAGUGUUAUUGAACCAAUGGCAUCCGACGGACUUCGUACUAUCGGUCUUGCUUUCAAAGAUUUAGUACCAAAAGGAAUGAAAAAACUCGCCUUCGAAGAGGAGUAUGAUGGAGAAAUCAAUUGGGAAGAUGAAGAAAGUAUUCGGGAAGGGCAGACUGUCAUUGCGGUUAUGGGAAUCCAGGAUCCUGUAAGACCAGAGGUUCCUGCUGCUAUCGCAAAGUGCCAGAAAGCGGGAAUAACAGUCAGAAUGGUAACUGGUGACAACAUCAAUACGGCAAGAUCGAUUGCCACGCAAUGUGGUAUUAUGCAGCCGGGAGGAGAGUUUCUUGCAUUAGAAGGAAAAGAUUUCAAUGCUCGUAUUCGCGAUGCCGAUGGAAAAGUUAAUCAGCAAAAACUUGACCAAAUUUGGCCAAAACUAAGAGUUCUGGCUCGAGCACAGCCAUCUGACAAGUACGUUCUCGUGAAAGGGAUCAUUGACUCAAAGAACACAAAGAACCGGUAACAAAUUGAGAACUUUUUCGGACUCAUGAACCUUUUCAGAGAAGUCGUUGCUGUGACUGGAGACGGUACCAAUGAUGCACCAGCUCUCAAAAAGGCAGAUGUAGGAUUUGCGAUGGGUGAGAAUAUUCUUCUUUCGAAAUCACUGUUUUCACUGUUCUUCUCACUAAACGAAUAGUUCUAUGCGUGUGUAUAUAAACACAAGCCCUUUGGAACCUGGACCCGCUGCGCGGUGUAAGGCCAUUAAAAAAGAUUUGGUGCGUAUAACUGUAGUGAGGUAGUUACCGUAACCUGAAGUUAGAAUUUUCUCUUUUUUAAUGUUAAACUUCAGUCCUCUAGCGCAUGGGCGAGGGUAAUUAAUAAAUUAUAAUUGAGUGGAUUCUGGUGAAGAAUCUUAGAAGUACUGUACAUACAGUAACCUAAAACAAUUGAAUGGUAUUACGGUAGUUACAGUAGUCUGCGUGGAAGAGGUAUGGCACAUAAGCCAAUUGAAAAAUAACACGCAAAAAAAAAUUUUUUUUAACAUAUUGAAAGGACCAGGGAACUCUCCGAGUUUAUGUGUCUGACUAAAUUGCUUCUUAUUGCCACAUUCACUGUCCGAGCCCCAACUAUCAGAAAUACCUGUGAAUGGAACAGCGCUUAGUCAAAGUUGUGGCCAUGGCCCAGAAAAGUACUAGGCCUUGUGAUCUUUUUCGGAUUUUUUUUUCGUUCGGCACAAUCUUCAUACGUUGCAAAACAUUCACACAAAUCAGCAUCCAUACAGAGUGCAAGAGCAUCAAACUGCUCACAGGGAAGAGUUUUCACACCGGAGUUUCCUAGGCCACGGCCACAACUUCAAUUGCACGCCGUUUCGUUCAUUGGCAUUUCUGAGAGCUCUAGUCAGCAUUUCACCAGUGUUUGAGGCAAUAAAAGACAAUUCAAACAGACACAAAAAAUUCACAAAAAAAUCAAAAAAUUUGAGGGUUCCCUGGUCCUUUAAUUAUCGCAUAGUCCAGUUAACGACAAUAAUUUAUUGGUGCAAGAAAAACGUUUAUUUAAUUAAAGUAAAAAUUUAAUCAUUCUUAAUUGUCUAGAAUUACAGGAAUCGCGGGUACCGACGUCGCAAAAGAAGCUUCUGAUAUUAUUUUGACUGAUGAUAACUUCUCUUCCAUUGUAAAAGCAGUGAUGUGGGGACGCAAUGUGUACGAUUCGAUUGCGAAAUUUUUGCAAUUCCAACUGACAGUGAACGUUGUCGCUGUUACGAUCGCUUUCAUAGGAGCGUGUGCAAUCAGUGACUCUCCGUUGAAAGCAGUUCAAAUGUUAUGGGUCAAUUUGAUUAUGGACACUCUUGCUUCGCUGGCACUCGCCACAGAAAUGCCUACUGAGGAUCUUUUGGAUCGUAAACCAUAUGGACGCACCAAGUCUUUGAUUUCACGAACAAUGGUGAAAAACAUUGCUGGGCACGCGGUAUAUCAGUUGUCUAUUCUGUUCGCAAUUAUGUUCUGGGGGGAUAAGUUUAUUCCAAACACUCCCUCUGGAAGAAACGCUCAACUUGGAUCUCCGCCGAGUGCUCAUUUUACUAUAAUUUUCAACACUUUUGUUUUGAUGACUUUAGUAAACGAAAUCAAUGCCAGGAAAAUUCACGGAGAAAGAAACGUUUUCAAAGUUUGGCACUUUUUGCUUCAGUAAUUAAGAAAAUCUUCCAGGGCAUCUUCACAAAUCCAAUAUUUUGUGUAAUAUGGAUAACAACAUUGAUAUCGCAAGUUCUUAUUGUUCAGUUCGGAGGGCAAUGGUUUUCCACAUCUCCACUAGACACUACUCAGUGGAUCGUCUGUGUUGUUUGCGGCUUAGGAGAGCUUCUUUGGGGACAAGUUAGUUUGUUCAUGAAAGUUUAUCAUAGCGUGCACCUGAAGCUUUUGAUUUCAUGACUGUGAAUCGCACAUGCACUUUGUAUUAGAGUAGAACAUCACAAUUUCAGAUUAUGAACUGUGUACCGUCCUCAAUUCUCCCGAAAUCUUUCCGUUUCGGAAAAGGUGACGUGCAGCCAACUUCAAUUAUGCUAUCCGGAGAAUAUGAUUUUCCCAGCACGGCAUCCACGUUACCAAUGAAGGCUGAUGGUAUCCAACUAGAUGACAAGAGACCAGGACAAGUGCUAUGGUUGCUCGGUCUGACACGGUUACAGACUCAGGUAGAUUAUUGUCUUAGUAAAAUUCUUAAGCCGGUUACCAUAAGUAACUUUUCGUUUAAACGACGGAUAUAUCGCGGUGAAGUUGGAAUUUCAUAUCAACGCGUUUCGUAGUUUGCACGGCAGUCUAGUUUUCAGAUUCGGGUUGUCAAAGCAUUCCAAUCGGUGAACGAUGAUUCCCAUCCAAACUCAUUAACAACUUCGACAGCAGACAGACUACGGGCAUCUUAUCGACGUUUACGGAUCGCUCGAGAACUCGAACAACAGAAAAGUUCGUGUGUUUAUAGCCCCAUGCCUCAUGGGAACUAUUAUUUUUUCAAUUUGCUUUCUCAUGCGCUUGUAAACUUCAGGAACUAUAAGAGCCAAGUAUCUAAAAAAGUUUAGUUUGCACUCCGUCGAGCCGAUUGCUGAACUUUGAAUGUGUUUUGUUUGUGCGACAUAUAACGCAGCGUAUAAUACUUGUUUGUAAUUUUGAGAACCAUAGUUUAUCACUAUUUACAUAGCUGUCAUACAUUGUUUCCCUUUUCGUGUCAAAGGUAUGUUUAGUAAUGACUUUAAGUGAAGCUCACUUAGGCUAGAUUGUGCUGGAUUAUAGCACACCUUCCGGGUUCAAGGAUAAGAACAAUUUUCUGUUUUCCAGGGGCUGGUGGCUUACGAGCCGGUGGACAGAUAUAUUCUUCGGAAACAAAUGCAAAGGAUACAUCCGGAAUAA